AUGUCCUCCACCGCCAAUCGCCCCGCCGCCGCCGCCGCCGCUCCCAAGCCGCCCGUCGUCGUCCCCGGCACAGGCAACAACAUCAUCGUCAACCCUUGCCAGCGCGGUAAUCCUAUCCUCGAAGCCGUGCGCAAUGUAGGUAAAGAAUUCGGUGAUAUCGUCGCAGAUUACCAAGUCGGGCGAACAACUGGUGUUCUCUUCCUGAGUCUCCGCUACCACCGCUUGCAUCCCGAGUACAUCCACCAGCGGAUUGAGCGGCUUGGACAUGCAUACACCCUGCGGGUGCUCCUCCUCAUGUGCGAUGUUAGCGAACAUCAGGAGCCGAUACGAGAAUUGACCAAGAUGUGCCUUAUCAACACCAUAACGGUCAUGGUCGCGUGGAACGCCGAGGAGGCAGGGUACUAUCUUUCGACGUACAAACAAUUCGAGAACAAACCACCCGACCUCAUCAAGGAACGAGUAGACAAGACGUACGACGCAAUGCUCCGCACGGCUUUGACCUCCAUCAGUAAGGUGAACAAGACGGACGUCGAGACACUUCGUACAACUUUUGGAAGCUUCGCAGAUAUUGCACGAGCGAGCUCUGACCAGCUCCAGAAGCUUCCCGGCGUCGGUCAAGUCAAAGCCAAGCGCAUCCAAGAUGCUUUCCGCAAGCCCUUCCGGAACAACGCAACGAGCACCCUCUCAUCUCAAUUGUUGGCAACUCAUCUUUCACAAGCGACCGUAGACAAGGGUAAGGAAAAGGAGUCGAGCGCGUCCAACCCGUCCGCUGCUGUAUCCGACCUCAAUUCGCCUUCGCCGCCAGCAGCAGCACCCAUGCAAACAAUCAAGGACUCCAGCGGCCCAUCAGCAGACACUGCAGCAUCGUCGAGUACAGCGUCACUCGGGCGAAAACGACCACCGAGUCCGGUGUGGGACAUCGAGCUUGACUUGAAUGAGUCCGAUGUGGAGGUAGACGGUCCUGGGCCUAGUAAAAAGACGAGGACCGAGACAAACUUCGGGGAUCCGCUCUUCUUACAGGAGACACCGUAG